AUGAAUAAAAAACUAAAAGACUUAAAGAAUCGAAAAAUCAAUGAAAAAGAAUGUGAUGAAGUAAUACAAAAACUAAUAUAUCAUGAUAAUAAUCUCAUGUUUUCAAAUUUAAAUCUUCUUUCAGAUGAAGUUAAUGAAGUCAAUGAAGCUAAUGAAUAUACCGAACUUGAAAGACCACUAGACGACAAGUCUGAAAGAAGAGCCGAAUUAAUCAAAGAUAUGCAUGAGAAGACAGGAAAUUUGAUGUUGCUGUGGAAACAAGAUAUUGGCCCCGUAUUUGAAAACGUUUACCUUGUGUAUGCUGUUGAACAUUUAACUGCCAGAGAACGUAGAAAAUAUAAUGAAAAGAAAUUAACAGAAUUAGGAGCAAAAAAAAGCAAAGGUGAUAAAAUACCUAUUUCAGUGUCAUUGGGUAUGAAAAAGAAACAAUUUAAAAGACAAAAGAAAGAGCUCGAAGAGGCAAAAAAUAUUGGGCUUUAUCAUCAUACAAUUAAACAUAAUUGGUUAAUUUCAUCAUCGUCUACAUCAUCUAAUACUACUGCUACUCAUAAUAAAAGAAAGAAUUAUAAGAGAGAUAAAGAGUUAUCAAAUUUACAUACUGACUGUCUUCAAGAUAUUUGGACUUUUUAA